GUUAAUUGAAAAAAUAGGAAUAAAUUUUUUUUUCUCUAUUUUAUUGUUAAAUUUUUAUAGAUGUUAGCUUAUAUAUAGGAUUUUUAUUUUAUUUUAUGAUUAGAAACAUUAUAUUAUCACGUUGAAAAUGAGAUGAAAUUGAAUAAUCUGAAAUUUAGGGUAGAAAUAAAAUAAAAUCAAGUGGUUUGUAGCAUAUAUUUUGAAUAUUUGCAAGUUUGAACAUUUUGGGUAGUCUGUAGUAUAUGGGAGGCGUUGCCGAAUGUUUUUUUUUUAAAUCAAAUUUGAAUAUGUAAUUAUACGUCAAAUUUGUGUAGAUGCGUAGAACAAAAUCAACUACACAUCAUGAGUACAUGAUCGCAGCUAGUUCUUCUAGCAACGAUGAUGAUGUGUCAUUAAGUGUCGACCAAUAAGAGGCACCAGCAUCAACUCACGACGCUGCCUCUUCCAGCGUGGUUCCACAACGUAGAGGCAGUGUCCCUUCAUAUCGGUGUCAAUUCUCCUACAAGUACGAGACACAUUGGAAGGACGACCUUUCAAUGUAAGUUCGUUUUGAAGUUUAUUUUGAUUUGAGUUGGUUUGUGUUUAACAAUUUGUGAACAACUAAUAUUUCAUUAAUUUUAUCGAUUUUCAAGUUCACAAACAUUGAGGUUGCUCGAGUAAUAACAUCGUCAUUUAAAUCGUCGAUAGAAAUUUUAUUGUUUCAACGGAGUCAGGUUUUCAAACAUCCUGAUUGAAAACCUUAUAUCGUUGCAUGAUUUAGAAGAUUUGAGGUUAGUGUUAACUUAAAAUUUUAACUAUUUUUUAUGUUAUAUUGAAAUUAUUGAUUUAUUUUUUAUAAAUUUUUUAUAUACAGAACAAAUUCAAAUGGGAUAGCGCAAAUGAUAAUGUUGCGAGUAGGGAAUGGAAGAAUCAUGUUGCAACCAAGUAAUAUAAAAAACAAUAUGAUAUUUUUUAAAAUAUAUAUAUAUAUAUAUAUUAAAAUCUAAUUUGUCAUUAACUCAUAUAAAAUACAUUUGUAUUAUGUAGGUUGCGUGACUUUUGGUAUGAAAUGUAGAAAAAAGGUAAAAAAUAUGCCAGGGAUAAUGCUCUACCAGGCUAAAAUGACGUGGCAAUUUAGAGAGAUUUAAGGCCACCAUACAUCACGAAGGAUAUAUGGGCGCAAUAUAUUUAACACGUGACGUCCAAGCGAUUCACACGAUGCUCACAGUUCGAUGCCGAGAACCUAAACCGUCAAAUUCACGGUUCGGUUACCACGCACACCGACGACUCUGUUUUGUUCAUUACACAUGUGAAGCGGAUGGCUACGUCUCUUGGAUGUAAGUCGAGCCCAAUGGAGCUGUUUGUUGAGACGCACGUACGGAGUGAAGACCGCCAAAAAGGGGUGCAACAGUUCAUCGAUAACCACGCUCAACACUUUGUGGAGACAUAUAAUAGCUGGUUAAGGGAGAGAUACAGAGAUGAUCCUUCGACCCACUCGGAUUUCAAUCCGGAUUUGUGGAUGGAGGCAAGAUCGUCUGGUAGACCCGAAAAAAAUCGGGUGUACGGACUCUCCAACACUACGGCUGAGAACUUGCGGGUAGUCCAUAGUGUCUCAACCAAUGAGAGCUCCAAUCGGUAUCAAGGACCUAGUCUUAGGAGUUCGUGGCCUUGCAACAACACACGACUCAUCUCAUUGAAAAAUAUGAUCGACUCUCGGCUGAUUAUGAACAACUCUGCCAAAUGAUCAUGGACAUGAGAUCACAGAUGGGUGGUAUGUGUGCGCCCCUUUUUUGGCCGUAUGGUCCUGGGAACGACCAGCCUCCUCCUCCUCAUCCUCCUC